GGAUAAAGACCUCCUGAAAUUCCCAAAGCUUGAAGAGUUGGUACUGAGUGCCAAUCAAAUCAUGGAGAUCGAUGCCUUCAAUCUGCCACCAACUCUCAAGGUGCUGGAGCUCUACGGCAACAUCAUCACCAGUAUGAAGUGUCUGUGUGCUCACCCUCCACCAGGCCUCCAGCACUUGGGGUUGGGCCACAACAAGCUUCUGGGCCCCCUGCAAAGCAUGUACAUCACCUCCCAACACUGGCCCAACCUGGUGUCUCUGGACCUGGGCUUCAACGACCUGACAGACCUGCAGGGCCUGGUGGGCAGCCUCAGCACCCUGCAGCGCCUACGGCUGCUGGUCCUGCAGGGCAACCCGCUGGCCCUGGUGCCCUACUACCGCGGCUUCACCAUCGACAGCCUGGCCCGGCUCUGCGUGCUGGACGACAUCACCGUGUCUUCCAGCGAGAAGCACCAGUUCCAGGGGCUCCGCUACAAAGCGGACGUCCUGGCGCGCGAGGCGCAGUUCGUGGUGACGAUUGGAAACAUCAGGGGGGUUCUGGACUCCUCGGUCCUGGACCCGGAGCCGGGGCCCCAGGGGCCCUUCAUCACCUACAGCUACUACGUGACCUACGACUUCGUGGAGGACGAGGAGGGCGAAGGGAGCGAAUACGGAGGGGUCCUGGCCGAGAUCGUCAAGCCCACCCCCAGCGAGAACGAGGCCCCCGAAGAGGCCCCGGCCGCCCUCGCCGCCCCCACCGGCCCCGUCGCCCCCGUCGCCCCCGUCGCCCCUGUCGCUCCCGCCGCCCCCGCCCGCCCCGCGGCUUCCGACACCCCCGAGGAGGCGGAAGACUCCGCCGAGUCCGCGCCCUCGUCCGCGUCGCAGUCGGUGGAGCUGGAGGAGUCGGGGGUGUCGGGCGGGUCGCUGUCGCUGCCGGGCUCCUUGGGCUCCGCGGAGGAGCUGGCGCAGCUGCGGCCGAGAAUAGACGUGCGGCUCUGCCCGUCGCCGGGGACAGUCCUCUUCAGCACCGUCCGCAAGCCCUGGGCUGACGUCAUCCCCUGCAACUAUGAGAUGCAGCACACUAUCCGGGACCUGGUGCCGCUCAAGGCCUUCCUGCUGGCGGGGACAACCGUGACCAUCGUGGAGGAGAAGAUUCUCUCCUGGCCCGUGGUGCCACCUCCUGUCGACAGUCCCUCGCCUGCCAAGGGAAAAGGGGAGAAGGAGAAAGAGAAGAAAGAGAAAGAGGAGAAAGAGAAAGAGGAGAAAGACAAGAAAGGGAAAGAUGGGAAAGACAAGGCCGCCAAAGGGGAGAAAGAGAAGAAGGAACAGAAGGGGACCAAGAAGAAGAGAGGCGUCUCUAAGGAGUUUCGCCAGGACCCCCCCAUCCUGCGGGUGCUGGGCAGCGGCCUGGUGGUCCUGGAGCCCCUGCUGGCGGGGGAUCCACUCGUGUCCACCCUGUGCAUGUUUGGGGUGAUCCGCACCUUGGAAUCCGACAGGCUGACAUUUCUCAGGCUUUGGAGCCAGGGAAGGCCAAGAACAAGAUGCCAGCCUUGCCAGGUAAGGGCCUCUUCCUGGUUAACAGCCAGGCCCUUCUCAUGUGUCCUCACCUGGUGCAUGAAUUUUCUCAAUGAAAAAAAGUGUAAGGUAAGUGCACUUGUCCCUGGAUUAGGAGACUGAAUGUUAAGAUGUCGGAUUUUCUCAAAUUGAUCUGUAGAGUCAAUGCCAUUUCAGUCAUAAUCCUAGAGGGAUUAAAAAAAAUAGAAAUCAGCAAUCUGAUUCUAAAAUGCAUAUGAAAAUGCAAAGGACCUAGGGUCGGCAAAACAACUUUGAAAAAGCACAAAGGAAAAAUAAAAUACAUCAUGGGAGCAGGGGGUUAGAAAACGCACAAAAGGAUUUAUACCGCUGGACUUCAAGACCAUGCAAACCUCAACUUGCGAGUGGUGAUAGAGCUGUGGGGUGAGGAUCUUGAAAUUAUCUAUGCUCGUCUUAUUUGGUGGUUCUUCUCUCAGGAUUCUAAGCUCAGGAUUUUGUUUACAUUUUUGCAAAUCUCUUUAACACCUGGCUUAACGGAGGAUGGUGGCAACACAGGGCUGCCCCUGUGGUCCCUGGGAAGUGCUGAGGUGUGUGAGGAAGUCCAGCCUCACGUGGACAUGUGCCUGGAAAGGAGGAGUGUAGUGUAGGUUUUCUGUUGACUGCAGGUACCCUCCUCUGACAUUACAUCAAAUAUGCCCGCUCGUAGGUUUGUGAGGGUCAGUUCAAGGUGAAUGCUGAGCCUGCGAAGGAAUGUCUUCACAAUCAGCUGCAUUAAAAUCCUUUGGGCGACCCUACAUUUUGCACGGCUCUUCCCCACGCACAGUUCCCAACACCAGACGUUGGGUUUUUGUAAAAACUGGAUCACUGAGUUAUGCCGACCUCCCAAGUGUGGACACAUUUCACACAAUUUCCAAAACAUCACGUUCCCCGUCACCACCCCUAUCGGGAGAGCAGUCCUGAGUGUUGGAAAACGAACGUGCAUGGUGGCAGAUACAAUGUUCCAAAGUUCUGGUUUCUAUUUGAAAGCUCUAGAGCUACAACUUUAUUUAUCAAAAUGCUUUCAGUUGUUGUCCCUGAAGCGCCAGGUUUACUUUAUUCACUUUUUUAAAGAAAAUAUCUACCAAAUACUCGCGUCAGAAUAGCACAGUCUUGUCAGUGCGGCGGUCCCCAGUGCAGCGUGACUCUUCCACGGAGGCCGAGUCCGA